GUUUUAUAUUGUUUUUGGAUAGACGGAGAUAAUGGUCUCUGCAAUCAGACAUUUCUCCCACCAUAUUCUUCUCACCUUUCUUUCUUUCGCUGAUUCUGCUUUCUCAGUGUCCAUGAACUCAGUCAUCUUUGCUUCCUCCUCCCUCUUACUAUCAUUUUUACUGUUGUUCUGUUGCUUUGCUGACUCGAUCUCAUCACCCAUGGAUACUCAAUGGUCAACCUUUAUCCCUCGCAUUUUGUUUUCUUCCUGUUUGAUUUCAGGACUCGAAACUCUUGUUUUGCCUCAGGUGGCAGUUGAUACGACAUUCGCAACUCUUUAUCUGAAUAAAAAGGUGGAUCACCUGAUUUUGAUUCUAUGCUGCCGCGUUCUGUCCGAGAUACCAAUGAAUUGGUUCACUAAUAGUGGAGUCAUGGAGAAGAAGACUGGCUUUCUUCUUGAUAAGGGCAAGAUAUGGCUCAGUUGGUGGGAGAACCUCCUUGCUGCAAGUGGUUGGAAAAUUCAUCACUACUACCAGUAUAUCGGGUCCAAGAAGGUCCACGGAACAACAUGGUGGAGGAAAGUUUUGGUUGCUUGGGUAGUACUCUGGAUUUUGGUUUCCUUUUCCGUCUUCUGGUACAUGAGCUCACAGGCGACAGAGAAGAAUAAAGAGACCCUUGCCAGUAUGUGCGAUGAGCGGGCGAGGAUGUUGCAAGACCAGUUUAACGUGAGUAUGAACCAUGUUCAGGCCUUGUCCAUCCUGGUUGCAACCUUCCACCAUGGCAAGAACCCGUCUGUUAUUGAUCAGACAACUUUUGCAAGGUAUACAGAGAGGACCGCCUUUGAGAGGCCACUUACAAGUGGUGUGGCUUAUGCUGUUAGGGUACUCCACUCUGAAAGGGAACAAUUCGAAAAGCAACAGGGCUGGACUAUUAAAAGGAUGGAUACACUUGAACAGACCCCUGUUCAAGAGGAUGGCAAUGCCUUUGAACCCAAGGAGCCAUCCCCUGUUCAAGAAGAAUAUGCUCCGGUUAUCUUUGCACAGGAUACCAUCUCACACGUGGUUUCCCUGGAUGUGCUGUCAGGGAAGGAAGACCGUGAGAAUGUUCUACGUGCAAGAGUAUCAGGAAAGGCCGUUCUUAGUGCUCCCUUCAGGCUACUUAAAUCAAACCGUCUUGGGGUUAUACUGACGUUUGCUGUGUACAAGUCAGAACUCCCAUCAAAUGCAACCCCAAAUGAGCGGAUCCAAGCAACAGAUGGGUAUCUAGGUGGAAUCUUUGACAUAGAAUCACUUGUUGAGAAGUUACUUCACCAGCUUGCGAGCAAACAGACAAUUAUUGUAAAUGUGUAUGAUACAACUAAUCUCUCACAUCCAAUUAGCAUGUAUGGUCCAAAUGUAACCGAUGAUAGGCUCUACCACAUAAGCACUCUUAACUUUGGUGAUCCAUACAGGAAGCAUGAGAUGCGCUGCAGAUUCAAGCAGAAGCCACCAUGGCCAUGGCUUGCAAUAACGACAUCAGUUGGAAUCCUUGUCAUUGCAUUACUUGUGGGGCACAUAUUCCAUGCAACAGUGAAUAGGAUAGCAAAGGUUGAAGAUGAUUACCGCAAAAUGAUGGAGCUCAAAAAAAGGGCCGAGGCAGCAGAUGUUGCAAAAUCUCAGUUCCUUGCUACUGUUUCCCAUGAAAUUAGAACCCCAAUGAAUGGCGUUUUAGGUAUGAUGCAGAUGCUCAUGGAUACAGAUCUAGAUAUAAUUCAACAAGAUCAUGUCAGAACUGCCCAGGCCAGUGGAAAGGCUCUAGUUUCACUUAUAAAUGAGGUUUUAGACCAAGCCAAGAUUGAAUCUGGUAAACUUGAGCUUGAAGCCGUUCGAUUUGAUAUACGUGCAAUUCUGGAUGAUGUUUUGUCAUUGUUCUCAGGAAAAUCUCAAGAUAAAGGAUUGGAGUUGGCAGUGUACAUCUCUGAUCAAGUUCCUGAAGUUCUAAUUGGCGAUCCGGGACGGUUUCGGCAGAUAAUGGCAAAUCUCGUUGGUAAUUCAAUCAAAUUUACUGAGAGAGGACAUAUCUUUGUGACUGUCCAUUGUGCUGAGGAGGUGAUGGGCUCAAUAGAAGUUGAGACGGAAACAUCAUCAAAGAACACCUUGAGUGGGUUUCCCGUGGCUGAUAGAUGUUGCAGUUGGAGGGCCUUCAAGACCUUCAGUCAAGAGAGACCUCCAUCUCCACAGACUUUUUUGUCAACCUCCUCUGAACUCAUCAAUCUAAUUGUCUCAGUUGAGGACACAGGUGUAGGAAUCCCUCUAGAAGCCCAAUCUCGUAUUUUUACCCCCUUUAUGCAGGUAGGUCCAUCCAUUUCACGUACCCAUGGAGGUACAGGUAUUGGACUAAGUAUAAGCAAGUGUUUGGUUGGUCUUAUGAAUGGGGAGAUAGGAUUUGCUAGUAAGCCCCAGGUUGGUUCCACCUUUACCUUCACUGCUGUCUUUGCCAAUGGUUGUUCCAACUUAAAAGAGUACAAUAACCAGCAAAUUGACAACCACUCCAAGCCUUUAUCCUCAGAAUUUCAGGGGAUGACAGCAUUGGUUGUGGACCCCAGACCUGUUCGUGCCAAGGUGACCAGAUAUCAUCUCCAACGGCUUGGAAUUCAAGUGGAGGUGGUCUCUAAUCUGAAUGAAAGCCUUUCUAGCAUAAGCAGUGGGACCACAGUUAUCAAGAUGAUUCUUGUUGAGAAAGAAGCUUGGAUUAAGGAUACAGAUCUCUCAAAUAUAUUUAUUAACAAGUUGAGGAAGGAUUACAAAGUGGAUCCUCCAAAACUGUUUCUUCUAGCUAAUUCCAUCAGUUCUACCAAAACUAUUGCUGUGAAGUGUAGUGGAUAUACACUGAAUGUCAUCAUGAAGCCCUUGAGGGUCAGUAUGUUGGCCGUCUCUCUGCAACGAGCCAUGGGUGUUGUUAACAAGGGGAAUUGCCUAAAUAGGGAACUCCCUAUAUUGUCUCUUUGCAAUCUUCUUCAUGGGAAAAGGAUUUUGGUUGUAGAUGACAAUUAUGUGAACCUCAGAGUGGCUGCUGGUGCUUUGAAGAAGUAUGGUGCUGAUGUGAUCUGCACAGACAGCGGGAAGAAGGCAAUUAAAAUGCUUAAGCCACCCCAUAACUUCGAUGCCUGCUUCAUGGAUAUCCAAAUGCCAGAAAUGGAUGGGUUUGAAGCUACAAGAAGGAUUCGGAACUUAGAACAUGCAAUCAAUGAUCGUAUUCGACAUGGAAUAGUGACCAUGGAAACUUGUCGAAACAUUUUAAACUGGCAUGUACCCAUAUUGGCCAUGACGGCAGAUGUUAUCCAGGCUACACAUGAGGAAUGCUUGAAGUGUGGUAUGGAUGGUUAUGUGUCUAAACCCUUUGAAGGAGAACAACUUUAUCAGGAAGUUUCACGGUUUUUCAGAUCUACUCCAACUUGUAACCAAUAAAGAGCAGUAGAGCGAGCUUGAUGAGAGUAUUUGCACAAGGGGUUCUCCAGGACUCAUUGGAAUGCUUAAUUGGGUUAGGUUGUUCCCAAUAGUAAGUUCUCCAUGGAACUCUUCUUCCUCCAAUUUAAAUGCUCCUUUAUCAAAGAAGAAAGUUAUAAAAUACUGGAAUGCAUUUAUAUCAUGUCACGGGAAGAAACCUUCUUGACCUGCCCAUCUGCAGAAGUGCAGAUAUCAUGUUAGUGGUGGACUUGGGUAUCAUUUGGAAAAUCUUUGGCCAUCCUAAUCAUCCCAUCCUAGCCAUACAAUAUAUAGGCUUUUCUCUUUUGAUUAUCUGUAUUUUUCAUCAUCAAAGAGUCUAGGUUGAAUUGUUAGGAUCAUCCAAUUUUGGCAUGAUAGAUCUGGUUACAUUAUUUCAUAGAAUGGUAAUCUUGACCCCCAUGUUUGUACGUAGCAUUAUCCAUUCAGGAGAAGAUUUGGUUGAGGAGAUUUUCUGGUAGUAAUUCACAAGAUGGUGGUCUUGAUUCAACCCAGAUUUACUGAAUUUGGUUGUUGUGUUACUGGAUUCCUUUUGCUUCUUUCCACACCCAAAUCUAGAUUCACUCCGUGUUCUGAAUUUUCAUUCUGUAAUAUUAGUUGUUACCUUGUGAAUGGGGUCUGAUGUUCUCAUAUGAUGCCCAAUGGUAAGUUUUUGAGCUGUCUGAGUGUUGACUUCUUUAUCUCUAUUUUGGGAUUCUACCAGGGGAAAAAAUAGCCAUGAGUGUGUGUGUCCAUGUGUUCAUGUCUUCUGGGUUGGUAAUCAGUGGCCCUACAACUGUCUUCCAAGCAGAUAGCAGAACCAAUUCUUCCGUUUCUCAUCAUGUUGGAUUUGAAUCAGGCUUGAUGGAUUAAGAUCUAAAUCAAGAGCUCCUCAAAGACUGAACACACUCACAUUUGAGGUUGUCUAAGGUUUGAAAUACAGCCCUUGAAGUUGAGGAUGAAAUAAGAGUUUUGUGGUGCAGAGGAUAUCUCUAAUUCGUUUUGUUUGCCCUCAGAAAAUCAGAACAGGUAUGGUAAUAUUUUUUCCCUGGCAAAGCAAGGAUGGUGACUUAAUUUGUAUCAUAUAUCCUGCCCAAUAAAGUGGAUGAAUGUCUAGUACUCCUUUUUUGGCCUUUUUUUUUUAAAGUUUAUUCCUUUCUUGUAUAUGUUUUUCUAAAUCUGGCUUCCCUAAGAAAUGUUGUGACCAUUACUUGCUGUAUCCUAGUGAUCAAUGAAAUGAAUAAUUUGCAGAAA